AUGACUGUCGCAAAGACUGUCCUCGUCGUCGGCGGCUCCUACGCGGGCCACGAGGCCGUGCAGGCGCUUCUCGAGCACCUGCCCGCCUCGCUCUGCCGCGUCGUGCUGCUGGAGCGCAACAGCCACUUCCACCACGUCUAUGCCUUUCCACGCUUCAGCGUCUUUGCCAAGCACGAGCAAAAGGCCCUCAUUCCCUACACGAACCUCUUUCGAGCGGCGCGCGAGGGCCAGGAGAGCCGCUUCGUCCAGGGCAGCCUCGUGGCCCUCGAAAACAACGUGGCGACGUACACGGGCGGCGCGGCAGACGAUACCGGCACCAUUCGUUUUGAUUAUCUCGUCUAUGCCCUCGGGGCACAGCGGCCUGCCUCGAUCGACGUCGGCUCUCAUUUCGCGACCAAGGCCGACUCGAUGGAGCGGCUGCGGCAGGCCCAGCGCGCAGCCAGCGAGGCGCGCCGCAUCGUCGUCAUCGGCGGCGGCGCCCUGGGCGUCCAGUUUGCCUCGGAUCUCGUCGACCGCUUCGGAGUGGGCACCAAGCAAAUCACGCUCCUCUCCUCGUCGGCGCGUCUCCUGCCGCGCUUCGACGCCGCCAUGCAUGCGCGCGCCCACGCCUGGCUCACCAAGCGCCACGUCGACGUCAUCCUCGGCCAGCGCGCCGUCUCGCAGAGGGUCGACGAGGGCGCGGGCACAGCAGGCGCGACGGUGAUCACCACGACGUCUGGACGCGUCCUCCUCGAGGCGGACCUGGUGCUCGACUGCACGGGCCUCACCGCCAACACGGCGUUCCUCGACGGCCUGGUGGGCACGCCUCUAAAAGGCAGACCUGCGCCGGUGAACCGGUACAUGCAGCUGCUCGACGAGGCGCGCAGUGCGACGGCCACGGUGCCCCACGUCUUUGUCGUGGGCGAUGCCGCGGAUGCGUUUGGAGCGCUCAACUCGGGCGGCAAUGCGCGGCACCAGGCCGACGUCGCCGCGCGCAACAUUGCUGCGCUGGCCCAGGGCAAGGCGAUGUGCGAGCGCUACGAGCCCGCGCCGACGCGGAUCAAGGUCUCGCUCGGCGUCCACCAUGCCGUCAGCCAGAGCGGGUCCGAGGUGGGCUACACUGACGGCCUGUUCAGGCGGGGAAAGGAAGACCUCGGCGUCGAGAAGCACUGGAGGAGGAGGGGCCUCUCGACGAGCGACAUGUUUGUGUAG